AUGGCAGAACUCAAACUCCAAUCAGCUAUCAUUUUGAAAGCCCCGGGCGAAGCCAGCGUUGUGAACGAUUUAUCUAUUCCAUCGCCUGGAAUCGGCGAAGUUCUGAUCAGAGUGCAAGCAGUGUCUCUCAAUCCAUCAGAUUGGAUGGCACGAGAUCAUCUCGGAAGACCUGGGUCGGGUUUGGGCUUUGAUUUCGCAGGCACGGUAUUAGAAGUGGGCGAAGGUGCUCAGAGAGUGAGGUCUAUUGGAGACCGGGUGGCCGGCUUUGUCCACGGAUGUCACAGCGCCAAUUAUUCCAUCGGUGCUUUUCGUGAAUAUUUGACUGCUGAUGCGGUUCUCUUAAUUCACAUACCGUCUAAUUUGGAAUUCACCGAGGCCGCCACGCUAGCCAUGGGUAUUAGCACAGCAGCUCAACAACUCUAUCAGAAUUUACCAUUGCCGAUUCCCUGCAACACGUCAGUGCGCACAAGUCAUACCAUUUUGAUCUAUAGCGGAGCUACUGCAACUGGAAGUCUAGCGAUCCAGCUAGCUAAGUUGUCCGGUUUCAGAGUCAUUACAACCUGCUCCGAGAAAAACAUACCCUGGCUACUCAGCCUCGGCGCAGAUGCAGUAAUCGAUUACAAUCAGCUCGACGCAAUCCGUCAUGUUCGCCGCCAUAUUGAAGACUGCGGUCUUUCCAUAAUCUUAGACUGCGUCUCCCUAGACGCAACUGCCGCCUUCUGCUACCAAUGCUUUGCACCCCCGCUACGCCCUGCAAACGAGAAUGCCCCCUGGACUUUUUACUACGCCUCGCUCAUGCCGGUGAAGAAUCUCCCUCCACCACCGAAAAUGAUUCCUGAGUCGGGUAUCAUCCGUGCAGAAUGGAAUAUGGUGUUUACUUGCUUUGGACGUCGGUUUACGAUUGUGAAUCAGGAGUUUGGGUUGAAUCAGACUUGGGAGCCUUCGGCUGUGGAUAGGGAGUUUAUGGCUUUUCUCUACCGUUGCAUGGAGCAGAUUAUUCCGUUGGGAAAUAUUCAGCCCAUGCCGGUGAAGGCCAUGGAGGGAGGUCUUGAAGGGGUUUUGGAGGGGAUCCAGCUCGUUAAAGAUGGCGGUGCGCUGGGGAAGAAAUUGGUUUAUGCGCUUUGA